AUGGCGGCCAACGUCGCCCUGACCAGUGAAGACCUUGCCUAUGACCUCGAUUCAAGAAGCGCCUCGUUCUUCCGAAACCAUGCCUGGCCUAUACCAAUGGAUCAUGUAGCAGCUACUCGCCCAGAUCCAAGGAGGAACAUUUCUCCCAUCCAGACCAGCAACCAUGGCCUGCGGCAGACCACCAUGGCAGAACAUCCCAUGAUGGACACCUGGAGGUUCCAACAACAACAACAUCAGCAGCAGCAGCAGCAGCAACAACAACAGCACCAUCAACCACCGCAGUCACAGCAGUCCAGUAUCGACUAUGCCAACGCCCAACAACCGUACGAUUUGCAUUACGAUGCCCAGUUCCACGGCAUGUCUUUACAUCAUCCCCAGAUGACCAUGAUGCCGGUGUCGCAGACUCCGAUGGCUUCGGGCCUGUCGAUCGCAGGCCACUACCUUGCCCUCGAGACUGGUAUUGAGGGCAUGCCCCAGAACUGGGCCGACCUACAAAGCGAAUUGAUCAGCUAUACGACGACGGAUGUCGGAUUGGCCGUUUCACCUUAUCAGCAAAUGACCAGCUCUCCGACGGGGUCCCACCUCGAAGUCCUCUCGCAACCCAGCUCUUGUGACGAACACGGAUGGACCAUGGUUGAGCCCAGAACGUCCUUCGAAUCUUACGAGCGACAAUUCUUCGUCGACCCCAACCAGACCGUGCACAAUAGGACCUUGUCCGAAUCCUCCUAUUCGGACCUCGAACAACAUAGCCAUGGCGCCUUCAUGUCGAAUCUCGACAUCGGUGCCUCUCAGGCAGUGUAUUCGCCGACCAAUUUAUCAGACAGCGACUUUGAAUAUCCGGGACAUAAUCACCGCCUGUCAAUAGAUCACGGCUCGGCUCCGUCCAUGAGCGUCAAUCCGUCCGCCCUCGUGCGCCCGAUCCCCAUUCCCUCGGCCAAGACAUCCGCACCGUCGAUACGAUCGCCCGGCUCCCAAGGUUCAGCCGGCUCUCCAGGCCGCAAGCCUUCCAGAAAGAGUCCCAUUGCUGCAAAGUCGACCGACAAAGUCACGAAGAAGUCAUCACCCGGUGGCAAAGAGGGGGAGAAGCGAGUUGGCCGAAGAAAAGGACCGCUCCGACCUGAACAACGGAAACAAGCCAGUGAGAUCCGGAAGUUGAGAGCCUGCUUGCGGUGCAAAUUCUUGAAGAAGACAUGCGAUAAAGGGGAACCUUGUGCUGGAUGCCAACCGUCGCACGCUCGCCUGUGGCAAGUCCCUUGCACCCGCAUCGACAUCAAGGAAAUUGGGUACUUUUUGAAGGACUGGAAGUUCGACUACGAGAGACAUAUCUCACUCGGCUUCUCGGUGGGUAAUAUCAAGGGCUUUUCCGAUACCGAAAAGACGCUGUUCAUCACUCACGGGUACGGACAUAUGCUCCCUGUCACCGCUCGAGAAGUGUACGUCAGGGAUGAGACAUGUCUGAAGAUGGAUUGGAUCGAGGCCAACUCAUUCGCACCCGAUGGCUACGAGGUAUCCACGGCCAAGCUCUCGGCUGGCAUGGAAGGCAUCUCGACAACAAUGCUGAGUGAUUACCUCGACCGACAUAUCGAUGGCACUGGCACGUUUGAGAAGUUUGUGGAUGACUACUUUGAGGGCACGCCCUUCCUCUCACAAAUGCUCAAGACGGCAUACCGAUUCUACUUCAAGACCAAUUCAAAGAUCAUCAAGAAGGCCUUGAAGUUGAUGCUCGCGUACAACUUGACGCUGCACAUUACCAUGGUGGAAGGAGUGCCAAGCGAAGAGUCCUUUGUCGGCAAGAUUGAAGAGCAGACGUCCAAGUUCUUUGGCAAGACGAUGGCUCCGGUCAUGAUUAACUUCCAGAUCAAGUGUGCCAUGGCUGAUAUGUGGCGUGAAUUGCACAAGGACGUUCUCGAAGAAUUGUCCAGCCUGUAUUCCAGCGUGUACAGCGGAGACAAGCUCAAGAACUGGCCGACCAUCUUCAUCCUUGCGUCAGUCCUGCUGGCUGUCUGGGAGUGCAUGCAGUUUGACUGUCACUACCGCGUUCCCGACUCUGCGGCCGUGGAGAAGUUUUGCAACGACAUGGAAACAACCCCCGUCGGCGUGGUGGUGGGCCUUUUCCAGGCCAUCUCUCAAAAGCUCCCAUCGUUCCUUGAAUGGGACACUUCUAAGCACCACGCGCUCCUGGCGUCCAACAUGGAUGUGUGCAACACUAUGAGCGAAGUGCGAGAACAUGUUACGCGAUAUGAAAACUACUUACGGGGUCGGCCCAACGCACGGUUCGAUCGCAAAGACUUUGAUUCGUUGUCGAACAAGUUCCUUGCCAAACUUGUGAUCCGGGCGAAUUAG